AGUACAGACGGAAGCUGGGACGCCAAAGUUAGCUUGUAGUUACGAAUACGGCGACUGUAUUUGCUUGUCUAUUUAAUAAACGCGCCGAAUAAAAAAAGAUUAAUAUGACAAUGUAUAAUUUGUUGUUACGAGUCAGGACGCCAGUGCGUUAUGUCUUGUUGGCCUAGCCUUCUAGCUAAGCAGCAUUGCUCAACUCUGUUUUGGAAGUGAUGUGUUUCAACACAGGAAGAUCUUACACCAGUGAACAGCAGUCUGCGCGACUACGGGAGUGUCGUUAAUGUGCUUUUGUGGCAAACUGCCGUUGUUUGAAUAGGGUUUCUCGGAAUUUGGGGCUGUCUGCGAAGCGUUCACAACAUGUUGAACAUUCCAUCCCAGUCCUUCCCUGCGCCGAGCUCCCAGCAGCGGGUUUCAUCAUCCGGCCAGUCCGGGAGGAGCAAGGUGGCCUUAAAGCCUGGUCACAGUCUUAUGGACUGGAUCCGCUUUUCCAAGAGUGGUAAAGACCUGACUGGACUAAGGGGGCGUCUGAUCGAAGUGACUGAGGAGGAGCUAAAGAAACACAACACAAGAAAUGACUGCUGGACUUGCAUUAGAGGUCUUGUGUACAAUGUGACUCCCUACAUGGAUUACCACCCUGGUGGAGAAGAGGAGCUGAUGAAGGCAGCUGGAAUAGAUGGGACUGACCUGUUUGAUCAGGUCCAUCGUUGGGUGAACUAUGAGUCCAUGCUGAAAGAGUGCCUGGUGGGUAAGAUGGCAACUAAGACCACCAAAGCUAUUAGAGCCAUCAUCCCUCCUCCUCCACCACCACUGACUGGCCUCUCACAACCAACCACAUUGGCACCUCCCCAUGACAAAGACUCCCGGCCUCGGUACGACUGGUUCCAAACCGAUGGGACUGUUCAUCUGGUCGUUUAUGCCAAGAGAAAGAUUCCCAGCUCAGGGUGUACUACUGUUGACCUCAAGGCGGGUGUUUUACGAGUGGAAGUCAUGCUGGGCAAAAUGUCCUAUAUAAUACAUUUAUGUUUAGCUGAUGAAGUAGAGGGCAAUAUUUCUGUAAACACGGCUUUCUCUGUGGGAAAGAUCCAGGUCAGCAUUCGCAAGCAGGCUAAAAGAAAAUGGACCAGCCUUGGUCAACCAAUGGAAUUCCACAACACAUUUCUACUCAAAAAAGACAGAGCUCCUUACUAUCGGGAUUGUGUGCUGGUGUCCAAGACGGACGUAAACCACAACACCCAUAUGUUCAGACUGCAACUGCCACGAGGGACCGUCAUGCACGUGCCUGUUGGAAAACACGUCUACCUCAAAGCCCUCAUUCAAGACAUAGAGGUAGUGAGACCCUACACUCCAGUAGAUCAGGACCUGAUCGCAGCCUCCCAGCUCUCCUCACAGGAAUCAGAUCUCUACCUCAUGAUCAAAAUCUACCCUGAUGGAGUGUUCACCAAACAUCUCAAUAGCCUCAACAUUGGAGACCAUGUGUCCAUUAGUGGUCCAGAGGGUCCCUUCACUGUCCGCCCUCUCCGUGAUGUCACACACCUCUACCUGUUAGCAGCAGGUACAGGAUUCACACCCAUGGCUCGCCUCAUUCAGCUGGCCCAGGACCAUGACAGCAUCAGAAAAACCAAACUUCUGUUCUUUAACCGGCGGGAGGAGGACAUUCUGUGGCGCUGCCACCUGGACGAGCUAGCUGCUAAUAAUGACAAGUUUCAGGUGGAGUAUGUCCUCUCUGAACCCUGUGAAAGCUGGACUGGCAGGACAGGUCGGAUUGAUGAGUCCAUGUUACAGGAUUUCCUCAAGAAGCCAGGCGGAUCUAAAUACUAUGUGUGUGUGUGUGGCCCCACUGCCUUCACAGAUCUAGCAAUAAGGUUGUUGAAGCAACAGGGCAUCAGUGACGGGGAACUCCACACCUUCUGUGGCUGACAUGCUCUGGUCUCCACUCCAGCCAACUUCACUCCGCAAAUACAGAGAGUUUUGAAUUUAUUUAUGAAUUUAAGUGAACUUGGAUUUCUAUGCACCACAGAUCUGCCGAUGCUGACAACAGAGGACAAACGGCACAGCCCAGGUUUCUUUGUUGGGUUGUUUGCCAGAUUCUACUGAUUUUGGACAGUUUUGGCCAGGGAUUCAGAUUAGAAUUCAGAUGAAAGCAGUUACAUAUACAGAGACAAACAGAAAUGAAUGAGAUUAUGUAAAGUGAUGUAUAUGCAAUAUAAAAGGUUUGUGUGCAGCAUCAGAUACCUGUGGCAGAUAAUUAUGGCUCUUAACCUUUCUGUUACAUAAAUGCAUUUGUAAACACUUCAGUGCAAUACCAUAUAUAUGGGUGAAUUUUUUGACCGAUCCCAUAUGCUAGU